CAAUGGCCGGUUCCGAGCUAUUGACUAUCCAUUGACGCUGGUGACAUUGAUAGCCCUGUCACAAAAUCAUAAUCAGAGUGCCGUCUGUAUCACUUUAUGAUACUCGUAUCUGGUUUAUGGUAUAGAUACAACUUGGAGGAACAUCGAAUCCGAUUUACGAUAAAACUCUUACGAUAUAUCCAAGAUUUCCGUUCUGUCGAGUAUAAAAGCAAAAUCACGACACAUGGAUACGCUUAAUAGGCACGUACAAAUUCAACGAAUCAUUCACUAUGCUGGUUCGCCUGGCAUAUGCGACGACGAUCCUCCUGAUCCUGCUCAGUGGAUCAACCAGAGCCAUUCGAGUGGCGCCGCUGAGCGCCAAGCAGCAGGAAAGGUUAUCCCAGGGGGCCAGAGCGUUCGAAGGUCGCGUCAUAGAUGGCACGGAUGCGGAGCUGGGUCUGGCCAAGUACCAGAUCUCAGUGCAGGGAAGCUAUUACUACGAUCACAUGUGCGGUGGAGCGAUCCUCAACGAGCGGUGGGUCGUGACGGCGGCCCACUGUGUUUACGGAUAUAAUCCCAGCUACCUGCGGGUGGCCACCGGCACUGUUCGCUGGGCCGAGCCCGAUGCUAGGUACUUUGUGGAGGAGUACUGGGUGCACUGCAACUACAACGUACCUAACUACGCCAACGACAUUGCCCUGAUCAAGCUGAACGACUCGAUUGUGUUUAACGAGGUCACACAGCCCAUAGCCUUGCCUCCCUCACCCUUUCCCCAGGGCACAGCGGAGCUCCUCUUCACUGGCUGGGGGUCACAGUCGGUGGCUGGUAGUCUUUCCGUUCAGCUGCAGCGUGUCCAGAAGCAGCACAUCACCAGCCAGGUCUGCUCGACCCUGCUCGCCGCCUACGAGGAUGUGGAGCUGGGCGCCUGCCAUGUGUGUGGUUUUCGUCAGGCGAACAUUGGCGCCUGUCACGGCGACUCGGGCGGACCUCUGGUCUACGAAGGAACCUUGGUGGGGAUUCUCAACUUCUUUGUGCCGUGCGCCCAAGGGGUGCCCGAUCUUUUCAUGAAUGUAAUGUACUACAGAGACUGGAUCCGGCAGACCAUGAGUGGAAAUGGAAAGUGUUCCCAGGUCCAUAAGCAGCAAAUUGGCUAAAUAAAUGAAUGAAUA